ACUUGAUUAGAGAAAAAAAAUCCGAAUCCCAUCUAAUCACCCCAAAUUGAGCAGGGUUUGGUAGGCUGGCGAUGAUCUAAACGGUGCGUUUGUUGGUAGUUAAUUAAGAAAGAAAUUGUGUUGCAAGGUGGAAGAGGAGUGUAGCAGAAUCAGAUCGAGAUUGAAGUCUGCACUUCUCGCAACUGCAAAUUCUCUGUCUCUUUCUCUCACUGUGUUGGAUCCUUCAUCAGAGGAACAAGCAAACAAACAAACACACAAAAGAUGAAUUUCCUGAUGCGCUCCACCACACACGUCUACUCCGACAGGGAAAAGCCUUCUUCGACGGCGACGGCGACGGCGGCGACUCCAACGACGACGGUGAUGACGACGACGACUCCCCCCACAGACGGCGCGUCGUCAUUGGAGAGUCUCAUGUCCGACGACCCCUACGCCCAAGUCGAGCACUUCGACGGAGAGUUCGAGGGCGAAAACGGCGCUCAGAGUUCCAAAAAUGACGCUCCCGUUUUGGCCAAGCACCUGGAUGUUUCCGAAGACGAAGGAUGGAUCACCAUUCCUUACAAGGAACUUCCUGAGAACUGGAAUCAUGUGUCGGAUAUGCAGUCCCUGCGCUCUCUAGAUCGUUCCUUUCUCUUUCCUGGUGAACAAGUUCAUAUCCUAGCGUGCCUGUCUGCUUGUAAGCAGGAUACAGAGAUUAUUACUCCAUUUAAAGUUGCUGCUGUGAUGAGUAAGAAUGGCAUGGGUCACAGUUCUGACAAAGAAAAUGGAAAUGUUGAAAACAGAAAUGAUUCGGUAUCUGGAGAAGGGCAACUGAGUCCUAGCAAACAAGAGCAGAAAGAGGAUAAAUUGGAAAAAGUGAAGACUGAUCACCCGGCGGAUGCUUCUGCUGGUGAAUCCCUUCUAAGGAUGGAGGUUCACAAAAGACAAACUGCAUUGUUGCUGGAAAAAUUUGAGAGUUCUCAUUUCUUUGCAAGGAUUUCUGAGUCUGAUGAGCCGCUUUGGUCUAAACGAGGUUCUUCAGAAAAGUCCUACUCUGAACUAAAUGGGCAAAGGAUCUCAUCAUUUGAAAUUAAAGACACCGCAAAAAAUGCAUCUUCUAUUAGUGCAGUUAUUGAUAGAGCAAAUUUUGAUGCAACUAUUUCUGGUGGAGUGGCGAGAAAUUCUGUCAAUUGUUGUGCCCUACCAAAUGGAGACAUAGUGGUUCUUUUACAGGUGAAUGUUGGUGUUGAUUUUCUUAGAGACCCUUGCAUAGAAAUUCUCCAAUACGAAAAGUAUCAGGAUAAAAUAUUGUCUUCUGAGAACCAGAACAAUUCAGUUCACACAAAUCAGGAUCCAUGUGGAGCACUAUUAAAAUGGAUACUUCCAUUAGAUAACACUCUCCCCCUUGCUUCUCGCCCGCUAUCUCCUCCUCAAUUUUCUUUGAAUUCAGGAAUCGGUAACACCUCUCAGAGGUCCAAUUCUUCAGCAUCACCUGGCUCUCAAUUAUUUUCCUUUGGCAGCCAUUUCAGAAGUUACUCAAUGUCAGCAUUACCUCAAAAUACAAAUGCACCAAAUCCUCCUUUAAAAGCAGCUAGUUCUAAGCCAAGCUUUGACAUUGAAGAUUGGGAUCAAUUCCCAUCUCAGAAAUUAAGGAAAAAAAAUGGAGUAGAAGAACUUUUAUCUUUUCGAGGUGUUUCAUUGGAGCGAGAAAGGUUUUCCGUUUGCUGUGGAUUAGAAGGUAUCUACACACCUGGAAGAAGGUGGAGAAGGAAAUUUGAAAUAAUACAACCUGUAGAGAUUCAUUCCUUUGCAGCUGACUGUAAUUCAGAGGAUCUUCUGUGCGUUCAGAUAAAGAAUGUUGCUCCUGCACAUGUUCCAGGUAUUGUGAUAUUUAUAGAUGCCAUAACCAUAGUUUAUGAAGAGGCUACAAAAAGUGGACCACCAUCAUCAUUACCAAUUGCAUGUAUUGAAGCUGGAAAUGACCAUUCUUUACCAAAUUUAGCCCUCAGGAGAGGUGAAGAGCAUUCUUUUAUCCUUAAACCUGCAACUUCUAUGUCAAAGAAUUUAAAGGCUCAGGAUGAAAGCUCUCAGUUUUCAAAGGUGCAAUCUCCAAACUCAGCAAAAUCAAGUCUUUCCUCCAAGAGUCCUGACAGAACAAAGAUUGCUUCAAUUGACGAUCAGUAUGCAAUUAUGGUGUCUUGUCGAUGCAAUUAUACGGCAUCAAGAUUAUUCUUUAAGCAAGCAACCAGUUGGCAACCACGUUCAUCGAGGGAUAUUAUAAUCUCUGUUGCAUCUGAGAUGUCCGGAGAGUCUCCUGGACCUUAUGAAAGAAAUUCUCAACUUCCUGUGCAGGUUUUAACUCUUCAAGCUUCAAAUUUGACAUCUGAAGAUCUAACACUGACAGUGCUUGCUCCUGCCUCAUUUACUUCACCCCCGUCAGUGGUUUCUCUGAGUUCACCCACUAGUCCAAUGAGUCCUUUUAUUGGUUUCAAAGAGUUUUUAGGAAGGAUAAAUGUUGAAAGACAUGUUGGUGCCAUCCAGGGGGGGAGCUUUACUUCUCUUAUAAAAGACAAUGAGAAGCAAAAUGAUGAUGUCAGACCUGAGUCAGUUUCAAUGAAUGAUGAUGUCAUUGCUAGUUCUGGCCUAAGUUGUACACAUCUUUGGCUGCAGAGUAGAGUUCCACUCGGAUGUAUCCCGUCUCAAUCCACAGCCACCAUUAAGCUUGAGCUACUUCCAUUGACCGAUGGCAUAAUUACACUCGACUCUUUGCAAAUUGAUGUCAUGGAAAAAGGUGUUACCUACAUCCCUGAGCGCUCGCUAAAGAUAAAUGCAACAUCUAGCAUUUCCAAGGGAAUUCUUUAAGAUAGAUUUAGGCUGGUUGCAUUUCAUUAAGCAUGUUAUCCAGUGCUGUAGAGAAGCAAAUAUGGACGAUUUUUUUACCUGGAUUUGGAAUUGUUCUUCCGACACACUCUCAAUAGCACAAAGGUAUCUUCAGUUAUUGUAGCCUUGUGAUGGAGUUGGCGUGUUAAUUUGUUCAGAAAUAGAGGUUCACUUUUGUAUUGUAAAACCACGAGCUUAAAAUAGAUGAUUGUCACAUACCCCUUUAAAGGGGAAGAAUGUAAUCUUUAUAGGUAGAUCUAUUUUUUUGUGAAGAUGUAUCUGACUCUUCAGAGUGAAAGCAAUGAAUCACCUCUCGAUUCAUGGCAUUAGGCAGUUGCAAUUCAGUGUGUUUCAAUUGAUCAUCAGUGGAAGCCUUGUAUUCAUGAACUGCUACUUCACAUUUUAUUUUAUUUUAUUUUUUAUUUUUGACAAAUUAUUGCACAUGGUU